CGCGGCGCAGCGUCCUGUUGCCAUGGUUACGGAGUUUGCUGACGGAAGUUACCGUUGUUAAUUGAGCUAACGUUAAAUUGGUUUUAAUUUAACCCGUAAUUAACAGACGGUGAGACGAACGGUGACGUUUAUCAGUCCAGGUGAAGAUGAGGAUUAUAACUUCGCCCAGCGGUCAGGAGCAGACUGUGGCCGUCCGGAGGAGCGAGUCAGCGGACGCUCAGGCCAUCGACAGCCUCAUCAUCACCGGGUCCUCGACGGCUGCUGAGGGACGGGUCAACGUGAUCCACCUGCUAGAGAAAGCCAACCUGGCGCUGACUCUGUCCAACGAACGGGACGACAUCCUGGCCCACGCUUCCUUCUUCGAUCACCCCGUCGGAGGCUUGGUGGAUCAGGCUCGCUGGGAAACCUUCCUGCAGAAACACUUCAGGGCUGAAGAAUGCACACCUCUCAACACUCUCUUCCUCCACCUUUUCGUGGCAGAGCCAAACUUCGCCGCAGCAAGUGUGAAGGAAAUAAUGAGAGCUGCCUUUAAUGCAGUCGUGGAGCUCGAACACGUCUGCCUGCUCAGCCCCAACGCUGCCGCUUUAGAGCCGGCGCUGGACGAGGUGUUUGAGCCGCUGCAGCGCCGGACUGACCCCGGGCCUCAGAGCUCAGCGUUCAUCUGCCACCGACAGCAGCACAGUCCAAAGCUUCCUGUCCGACCAGCCAGGGUUGAAGAUACCGAUGACAUCCUGCAGCUCGUUUCAGAGCAGACCAAACUGUUGUCAGGACACCGGCCGUACUUCCUGUCAGAGCUCAUCGAGUCCCAGAGCCAAGAGAGUCACGCAGCUGUUUGUGAGAGUGACGGAGCGGCCGUCGGCUUCAUCAGCGUCACGUCUGAUGUCGAUCUGAAACAGCUGCAGGAAAACUUUGACCUGAGCGAGUUUGAUGGUUUGUACAAACGGACGAAAGACGACGACGAAGAAGAACAGAGAAACACAGAGCAGCAGGAGGAGACACGGUCGACCGGAAACGCUUUCUGCAUCAAGUUCUUUAUCAUUGACAAGAGUCAUGAAAUGAGAUCACUGGACUUUAUUCCAUAUGUGUUCACACUGUUCCCUGACCUGGACUUCUGCGUCAUCGCCGUACCGACCCUGUCCCCUGACUUCCCGCUGCUGCAGAGCUUCGUCAGGGCGCCGCGCCGUGACACCAGCUCGCCGCUCCAUGACCUCUACGUCACGCACCGCCCCGCGCUCAGGAGCCUGGAGGUGAGGCCGGCUGUGCCUGCAGACCGGCCCGCUGUCUCUGAGCUGGUGGCGGGUCUGAGCCUGAACGAGUCCCUGCUGCAGGACCUGGACCGCUUCUAUGAGACCGGCAGAGACCCGGACGGGCUGCUGCUGCAGGCCUUCGUGGCUCAGGUGCACGGUCGGGUCGUGGGGAUGCUGAUCAUGAGAGACGAGCCGGACGUCGAGUACAUCCGUGCCCACUACAACAUCGAGAACUUCAUCUACUUCAGCCAUCACCGCUACGAGGAGCACGCUCAGAUUCGCCACUUGGUCCUCACACCGUCCUUCCAGAACUUCUCCAGACGCUUGUUUAAGGAGGUCCUCCGGCUGGCUCACAGAUCCUGCCUGUACCACAGAAUCUACCCGCCGGACCGCAGCCAGGAGAAUUCCUGCGUCCACCAUCUGGAUUUCAUCCUCAAUUGCGCGGUCCCCGUCCGCCCUCGACGCCAGAUCAUCUACCCGCUGGAGGAGCUUGGCAUCAACGCCCCAUCCAGGCAGAUCACCGAGGACCAGGCGCCGUUUGCUCUCAGCCUCAUCAGCAGGAAGUUAACCCUGGAGCCAAAGGUCACCGUUAACAGCCGGAUCGUGGUGGUGGGGGCGUCAGACACGGGUUUAUCUUUCCUCGAGGUGCUUUGUUUCUGCCCUCACCUGAGGUUCAACAACCUGACCCUCAUCUCGACGCGCGGUUUCCCCAGCGACUGCAGCCGCGAGGACGUCGGAUUCCUGUCCACAAGUCAUGCAUUCAGCAGCAGAGACUUGGCCCAGCUGCCUCUGCAUUCCUGCAUCACCGUGGUGACCGGGAAGAUGGUGUCCAUCAAGAGGAAGUCCAAAUACCUCCGUGUGUCUGACGGUACGAGGGUGCACUACGAUUACCUCGUCCUGUGCACCGGCCUGCAGUACCAGGUUCCCUGUCCGACCGGCGUGGAUCCGAGCCAGCCCGUCACAAACAGCCAGCUGCAGGCUCAGUCCGCCCAGCGCAGACACACCGGGCCGGUCCCGUCCAACCUCUUCACCCUCAACGACCUCCACGACUGCAUGGCUGCUCGCCGCUGGCUGUGUGCCAACUUUGUGGAGCUGGAGGAUAAUGCCGUCGUCUACGGAAACUCCAUCGACGUCUUCACCACCACAGAGACUUUGCUCAGCCUCGGCAUCCGGGGACGUCGCAUCCAUGUCGUCCUCCCGCCGCCCUCCGAGCCCGGCGCCCUCUCGUGCUUCGGCGACCCCGUCGUCAAGAAGGCCGCGAUGUCGGCCAUGGAGAAGGCCGAGGUCCACGUCCACUGUAACUGCCUGCUGGCCCGGAUGAACGACGGAGACGACGAACGUCCCGAUCGUCUCACAUCCGUGUCAUUCACCACCGACGCAGAGCCCCUCCAUCUGCGAUGUGGAGUGUUCAUUAAUCUCUCCAACAAAGGCGUCGACCUUGACGCCUUCACGAGCAUCAGGGACUCCUUCCUGCCCUUCGACGGCAGACUCGUCAUAAACGCCACCUUCCAGACCAGCGAUGCGGCCGUUUGCGGCGCUGGACCUCUCACCAAAUUCUCCCGCUGCUAUUACACAGACGAGUGGUCGCACGCCGACUUCAACUCCAAAGAAGUGGGCCAGGACCUGGCGGCCAAGUUGCUGCCUCUCUUCGACCCGACGCAGGAGCCCGCGGACGAAGCUCCACCUGAAACGGAUCAUCUGGUUCCGCUGUACAAGCAGGCCAAGAUUCAAGGUGGGAAGCUGCCUGGGGGUUUGAACUACCUGCACGUCACCAAGCCGUCCCCGUCCGUCCUGACAGGUCCUGCUGUCAGACACUUACAGGACCAGGGUAUCGUGACCGGACGAGCAGAGACGGGGAACUACUUCUGUUUACAUCUGGACCGCAACGAGCUGGUGGAGACGCUCACCUGUCUGUCGCUGAAGCCCCUCCCCCUCUCCAAUUACCUGAAUCUGUACAGGAAACACCAGCAGCUGCUGGGACAGCUGUCCACCCGCUACCACCAGGGCCUGGUCCACGACCUGUACAGUUUCUUCAGGCAGAGCUGGUUUCUGGCCGUGUGUCACGACAGGUUCUCGGACUUUGAGCAGGAGCUUCAGCAGAUCGCCUCCACCACGGACAGCGAAGACGAGUCGAGGCGGCAGGUGACGGAGGACGUCGUCCCCCUGGACGGGUUUGAAGAGCGCCGAGCGGCUCUGAGGGGCGCCGCUGUCAGAUAUCUGACCUACAACCGGAACCUGCUGCCCAUGUUCGCGUACCCGGGUCAGCUGUAACAGUGACUCUGCAGCAGCGUGACCAAUCACACGGCCCCGUAUAGCGGCUGGAGAUGAAAGCUUUGUGCAGGAGGAGGAGGAGGAGGGAGGAGGAGGAGGAGGAGGAGGAGGUGGUGUCACUCUACAGCUGUAUGCUAAUGAGGCUGAGUUGAAGCCUGUCGGGAAAAUAACCGCACACACAACAACAUAUGUCCACAAACAGAGAGUGCUGCUGUCACAUGACUCGUGGUUCAGGAUUCAUGUGACCAAGCAACUUUAAAUCAAACAUAAACUUUAAACUUUGACCUGUUUUAAUCUGCUGUGAUUAAAAAGUCACUUUAAUCUUUAUGGUUAAAAAUCUCCUUCAUGUUGUUUAAUGUUUCUGCUGUCUCAGCGUUC